UGACAUAAGAUCACUGAUAGAAAAAUCGUUAGAUAUCGGAUAAAGUUAAAUACCAAAAUCAUUAAAUUACCGUUACUUUUAAACAUUUUGUGAUAGAAAGGGUUAACAUAUAAACAUUCUGGAUAACGUUUGAUGUUUCUCGGAGUUUUGGGUCAAGAUUGGUUAAUUGCUAGCAUCAUCAUGCGAUAGACACAAUACGAAAUAUGCCGGUGCAAGGCAAAAAAUCAGGAAUAUCUGGAGGUGGGCACCCAAGAAAACUUUUUACUAGGCAAUCGUCCAUUGUAGACAGUCGGCAAGUUCCAGCUAGUGUUGAUGCAAAGAAAUCUUCACGAAAUAAAUCUGGCAAGAAGAAUCCAGCUAAAGUUGUAGCGAAUCGUCCUCAAAAGAAAGAUCCGGCCACGACCAAGAAAGAAAAGCCGACGUAUGAUGACGCGGCAACGAAGAAGUUCGACAAAAUGUUACGCGGUGAUUUGACAGAUUUGCCGCCCUUUCCAAAAUCCACAGUGAAAAUCUUUCUCAGCUCCACAUUUUCUGACAUGCGAGCAGAGAGGAACACACUUGCUAGAGAGGUUUACCCUCGUCUUCAAACAUAUUGCCAAUCACGCGACCUCGACUUUCAAGUUGUGGAUAUGAGAUGGGGUGUUACAGAAGAUAGCAUCAAUGAUCAUUCUGUAGAAAACCUGUGUCUUCUUGAAAUUGAGAAUUGCCAAAAAACAUCUUUUGGUCCAAACUUUGUUUUACUGUCGGGAGACAGAUAUGGAUUUCGGCCUAUUCCAGUAAACCUUGAUAUCAGAACAUUUGACAUCAUAAGAUACGAGGCUAUCAAACUAAAUCUAGACAACAAGAUAUUGUUAGAAGAAUGGUAUAGGUUAGAUGAGAAUGCCGUGCCUGCUACAUAUAUUUUACAGCCAAUUAGAUCCAAGUUCACAUUUUACGGCGAUUUCUCGCCUGGAUGCGAUGAACUUAGGGAAAGAGAUACAGACGGGUGGUGGUCAACUUUCGGGAAGCUGCAGAUUUUGUUGAGGAAAGCUGCCGAUGAAGCAUUUAAAGAGAACAAGUUUACAGCUGAAGACAGACACCAGUUCUUUCAAUCUGUGACAGAAAGCGAAAUUCAAGAUGGAAUAUUGAAGGCAACAAACGUAGAAUCGCAUUGUCUUGUUUAUAAACGCACAUUGAGACAUCUGUCUGGAGUCGGUAUAAACGAUAAAGACACACCCAAAUACAUUGAUGUCAUCAAAUUGGAAAAGGGGAAUGCACUAGACAAAGAAGUUGAGAAGCUAAAAGUUGCACUUUUUGAAGAUAAAAUUUGCAGGAAGCUCAGUGAGUCAAAUAUUAAACAAUACAGCAUUCAUUGGAUGCCUGGAGGUGUGAACCCUGAAAAUUACGAGGAACACAGGGAAUACUUAAACACAUUUUGCCAGGACUUUAUAUCCGAUUGUAAAACUCUGAUACAAAAAGCGGAAGAAGAGAAGAAGAAGAAAUUGAUUCCAUUGUCAAAUUAUUAUACGGAUUACAACAGCACAAUACAUCAUUUGAGAUUCUGUGUGUCCAAAUGUGAAUCAUUCUGCGGACAGGACAAGGUAUUAGAAGUUGCAAAAUCAUACAUUUUGGACAAGUCCGGUCGAAAACCUUUAGUACUAUACGCCACAUCUGGUGUUGGAAAAACUUCAAUCAUGGCAAAGAUCAUGGAACAAAUUCCUGAUUGGCUUAAUAAUGUUCCUCAUCUAAAACUUAUAAGGUUUCUCGGAACGUCGCCUCUUUGUUACAACGUUUACGAUGUGUUGCUCGAUGUUAUUGGCCAUUUAGCUGACGUGUAUGAUAUAAUUAUGUCUCCACCAUGCUAUAAAACUAUGAAAAGAAUUGUAGAAUUUGCACCUAGAUUUAUAAGACAGGUUGCAAACAACGCAAAAGAACCAAUUAUAAUACUUCUAGACUCUUUAGACCAGCUUGAACCGCGAAACAAUGCCUACGCUAUGGACUGGCUUCCAAUUGUUCUGCCACAAAAUGUAAAACUUAUCGUCUCGACCCUUCCAAAUGAGCAUAACAUUCUUACAAACUUGAAAAAACGUCUCCCCGAUCAAAACUGCUAUUUUGAAAUACCCGGACUGACCGAGGAGACUGCAAGAAAAAUCAUAGAAACAAGCUUAAAGGCACAGAAUCGCUCACUAACAAAAAGUCAAGAUAAUUUCUUUUGGACCAUAUUUAAAGCGACUCACGGUCCCCUUUUCUUGAAACUGCUCCUGGAUGAAGCAAAGAAAUGGAAAUCCUACACGCCAAAAGCCGAGAUUGAACUUGUUCCAACAGUUAAAGUAGCAAUCAGUAAGCUGUUCAGAAAUCUAGAGAAUAAGUUCGGUACUGUAUUGGUGAGUCAUGCACUUGGUUUUAUAACAGUAGGAAUGAUAGGGCUUACCGAAUAUGAGAUUGAUGAUGCAUUAUCAUGCGAUGACGAUGUUUUGAAUGAAGUGUACAAAUUUCAUGACCCACCGGUCCAAGGAAUUGUUCAAAUACCACCUUUAUUGUGGGCAAGAAUAUGGUAUGAUAUCCGAGGAUAUCUUGUUGAAAGAAUAUCGCAUGGUAAAUCGACAUUGAACUGGUUUCAUAGGGAGUUUGUUAUUUCGGCAUCCGAAAUGUAUGCAACAGGAGACAAAAAGUCAUAUCUCAACAUGAAAUUGUUCGAAGUAUUUCUCCAAGAAAAGGGAAUCAAGAGGACGAUAGUGCUGGAAAAUCGGAACAAUUUAUUGAUCACUGAUGCCGACCGACAAGUAACUCCUCAGCCAUACAAGUCCGACAAUAAACGCAAGCUUGCAUGUUUACCAUAUCAUUCUUUACGUUCUUAUAAAACAGCAGGAAUAGACACAGUUAAAAGAAAUGUUUAUUGCAAUUUCAAGUAUCUCUGCUCAAAGAUAACAACCAUUUCCGCUGCAUCAGUUAUUAACGAUUUGUCAGACUUUAUUGAAGCGAGUGAUGAUGAGGAGGUUCGUCUGCUUUAUAACUUCUUUUUUAACUCCAGGCAAGAUUUAACAAAUCAUGGAAAAUUGGCCAUCUGUUUAUUGGCAUACGUUAACCCAGAAGAAGACCACUUCCAAUUGAAAGAGUUAAGAAAUGAGGCAGCUGAGUUUCUGGAGUCUUUAAACAAACCGGGUCUUAUUCCUGAGUUUCCAUGUCUUGCUCAAAGAAGAGAAGCAUCAAAUGCAUUUCAGUCAUCAAUUCAAGGAGUUGCAGAAAUUCUCUCCUAUUCUAGCAGCACUGUUAUACUCAGAAAAUACUCGGACACAGAUAAUAAAAUAGACGCUGACGAUAUCAAGAUGCCAUCACACAUUGCUGUUUGGAGUUCAGAAACUCACGACAUGAUAGAUCUUAAUAUUCAAGUUGACGCAAAACCUGUCGGCGAAUACAUUAUUACUGAUGAAAACCUGUAUUUCAUUACAAAACAUGCUAUUGUGCGACAUGGGUUCAUUGACAGCAAAUCUGAAGCUGCCUUGUUUGAGGAUAUAUUACCUGACUGGGCAACGAAACAAUGUGUGAAAGGUUUUGUCGCAAAUUCAGAUGCAACCACCGGAGCACUUAUUCAAGACCGUGCAAUUACCUUGAUUUCACUGGAGAAGUUCAAAUAUAUGCAAACAUAUAAAAUCCCAGGUGAUAACUUUGUAACAGACCAUGCGUUUGUGUCAAAUAAUGUUCAAAAACUGAUAGCGGUCGGUACUAUUCAUGGCAGUGAAAGCGCUGACAGUAACAGUUUUAUCUUGGUGUUUGAAGAAGAGACCAAACUCCCAAUUCAUUCACUUGAGUUUACACACAUGUUCGAUGCUAGAAAUGGUGUUUUGUCUAGCAAAGAUCAUUGGUUGCUGGUUCCUUCAGAAACAGAUAGUAUGAAAUCACAAACAGAAAUUGAAAAGCCAGAAUGCUGCGGGUGUCAGCUUUUGGCAUUUGAUAUCAGAGAAAACCACUUUGAACAGAAAGAAAUAAAUAUAGUUUCACCCAUUAGCAAAGUUGCAGUACAUCCGGAACGGGGGAAGAUUGUUUUUCUAACAAAAAAUGGCCGUAUGUUUAGCGUGCUCGCAAAUGAAUUUUCAUCACAAGCAGUCAUUCUUGAGAUGAAUUUGAAAUUUUCUAUAAAAGAUUUUGCGGUUUAUUGGGAAAAAGAAAUUUCUUUGUUCUGUUCGAAUGGUGGCCAACUUACCCUGUAUGACUUAAAGUCUGACAGCAUCCUUCUCACAUUUACUGCCCAUUGUGGCAAGAUAAAUGACAUUUGUCUUCUAGAGCAACAGCUGAUCACAUUAGGAGAAGACAAAGAAAUGCGGUCCUGGGAUAUGAAAUAUCUUAUUGAAGAAAGUCAAAAUGCCAAAAGUAGGGCAGAUAGUAAGAAAAUCAAAGAAGCGUUUAUUGAGCAAUCAGAUAUCGUCUCUUUGUCACCAUCAUAUGAUGGGGAUGAGCUUUUAACAGUUCAUGAUGAUGGAACUGUUAAGAUUUGGAAUUUGAACUCUCAGAAGCUUCUCUGCCAGCGCUCCAUUGGAAUUGCUGCAGACAUUAUCCAUUUAUUUUCAAAUAAUCUAGUUUCAUUUCUUGACACAAGUGUGGGCAGAAUGAAAAUUUUAGAUAUCAAAACUUGGAUAGAGACUUUUCGAAUAUCUGAAACAAUACAGGGUAAUAUCCUUAAUUCAACAGCUGAUAAAAGAGACAAUUUAUACAUCGUUAGUGCACAAAAGACUGGAAAAGAACAAAUUGAUAUCGUCAAUAUUGGCCAGAUGAUGAUUGUUAAAACCAUACAUUUACAAAACAGCUUGUCUUACAAAAGUCUCGAAGCAGUUCUCUCUGUGAACGAAAGGUAUCUCGUCCUACGUGUUUUGAUGUCAGAACGACAAUUUGAACAAGUGAGGGAGUUGUAUCAUCAGCAUUUUCCAUGGAAGAAAGGUGGUUUUACCGACCAGAACCACCGUUAUAGAUUUACUGCUGUUGCUUUGUCGGAAGGAAGUGGGGCACUUAUACACUGUUAUCGCAUUGCUGCAAAGGUACCGACCAUCGGUAUACACGUCAAACCAUAUAAAGGGAAUGUUAUGCUGAUAUCAACACAAAGAUGGAUUUUCUUCUGGGACAUACCUACUGGUAGAUGUGACCGAAAACCGUCGCCUCUCCGGAAAGUACCGAUGUUUUCCCGACUUGCCUGGAUAGGAAAAGAGUCCAUAGGCGAAACAAGGGUAUUGUUAGUAACACCAGAUCAGAAAUAUGUAACGACUGGGUCGGAUGAUGGAUAUGUUUUUGUAUAUGAUGCAGAGACAGGAUUGCCUGUAUGCAGCCGCAAGCCACUUUCAAAGCACAUUGCAGGGGUUCAAAAAGCGGUCGUUUCUCCUGACAGCAAAUUCGUCGUUUCUAACUGCAACAAUUGUGCCAUUAAAUUCUGGGACACAGCCACUGGUACCGAGCAGUUUUCAGUGCGUCUAGAUGCCAAAGUGAAGAUGAUGUCGUUUACACCUGAUUCUCAAAGACUUGUGCUAUUUACUGGAACACAUACGUCAAGAUUGUUUGUGUUUAAAGUGACGAGUGGUAAAAAGAAAUGAAAUUCCAUUUACCUUCUUCAUUUCUUAAUUUUGUCAAGCUUCGAUGUUUAGAAUUUUGUGAUAUCAAGAUGAACAUCUUAAGUUUGGCAGCAAAUAGUAUAUUGCCUGGUCAGACUGCAAGGACCAGACCUGACUCUAUACUUGUGGCAAAGGCUUUUUCAUAUUCGGUUGCGAGUUAAAAAGAGUGACAUGUCACAUAAUUCCAACAAUUUGUUCCAAUAAAAGUGUUUUGCACUGUUUUCGGUGACAUUUCUUAUUUGAUGUCGCAUCAAACAGUGUACAAGUAUUUCAAUAGCAAUCAUAGUGUAAAAUUAAAAAUAAAGUAAAAAACAUUUAAUAAUCUCAAUUUUCUGAAUACAUGUAUACAUGUACAAAUAUACCACUUGACGAAAGUAAGAACACUUUCUUGAUUGGCUAAGUUUUUAGAAUUAGUUGAUACACUUCCCAUACUUUCAUAACAAUAAAAUUGUAAUUGUUUCGUUUUGUUUAAAAAAUCCAAUUAUAAUAUUUUCAUAAUUCAUUUCAUAAUAUUUGAAUCCAUUAUGUAAAGAUUGUAAAGUGAAUUGGAUUAUAAUAAAAUUAAAGAACUACAUUAAUUGUAUCUAGAGGCAGACAUUACAAAGUACCGCGAAAUAAUUAUAUUGAAUGUUGUUGAUAAGUGUGAGACACAUGUUUUAUGACA